GUCCCGCGCUCUUUUACCGCAUAGGUACUUGCUUAGAUCCUCCUCAGCAGCUGGUUUGAACUCAUUCCAGACCAGAAACAUCGGUUAUGUCCGCUCCCUACUCCCCCGGCCAACCGAAAUUCGCCACAAACCCAGGAACCGCCAUAUUCUCCCUGGUUCCAGUCCUCUGGCGGCCGAGAGGAGGCCAUUCAGCCGGAGUUUGCUCGGUUGACCCCAUGGACGUCCAGCAGGAUCUCAAGCAGGCGAUUUAUGAUGACGACUUGGCAAGCAUUAAGUGGUGCUUGGAGCAGGGAGCCAACGUCAACGAGCGCAUCGAUGGGCAGCUGCCCGCGGCCAUCGCCAUCUCGGACGGCAACCAAGAACUCGCCAUCUUUCUCCUCCGACAUGGAACCGAUCUGUCCUUGCCACCUCCCCCGCCUCCUCCCCCACCCCCUUCCGAUCAGCUCUCCCUCUCUGAGAUAGAACGCAAUAUGGGGCGCAGAAGGCAGCUCUUCCGGGCAGGAUUGCGCCUCGUCAAAGCCGUCUGUUCAAGGCUCUGCGUCGGCUUCGCCCUGUCAUGGACCACUGCGGGGCUCAACAGAUGGCGACUUCUUCCUGAACCGGUCACUCAACACCUCAAUGUCAUUCUCAACCCUUACACACCGCUAGGUGUGGAAAUUCUUGCCGCUAUCAACUCGAUGGUUCCCUGGUCGGGUUUGAGCCUCAGCCUGGGAAUGGUCCCUGAGCUCCUCGUUACCUACUCGCUGUCGCACGUCCUCCGUGGCCGGCCCCGCAGCGUCGCGAAUACUUUGCUGUCGUGGAGUUGGUCGGGGAUAUUCGGCCGCGUGAUGCUAGGGGCAGUGGUCGGGGCCAUGUCCGGGGCCAUGUCCGGGUCCAGGGCGCGCAGGGCGCGAGCCAGACAGUCGCCCGGGGCACUUCAGAGCGAGUUCGGGGGGCUCGAGAUCUCGGAGUGCAUUCUUCGUUCGAAGUUUGGGCGAGAGUCGCUUGUUCUAACCUUGUUAGAGCUCGGACUUCUUUCUCCAGACUACGUCGAGAAAGCAGUCGCCUCCCAGACCAAGACGGUGGUCACCAAGCUAUGGGCCAUGUGUGCCGAGUCGGGAUACGGUACCGGCAUCCGGGCGUUACUAGAACUGGGGGUCCCGGUGGACCUGAGCCUCGAAUACCCGAUGCUCGCUGUGCCUGACCACGGAAGUUUUAAGGACACCGCCCUGGCCAGAGCAGCCUGGAACCAUAACUUGUCAGUUGUUCGGCUUCUCUUGGACCGAGAAGCGGACCCGAAUGUCAAGACGAGGUCCGGUACACCGCUCAUCGUUGCUGUAAAAUCACGCAACCAGCCAGACGAGAUCCAGGACUUGGUUCAACUGCUCGUCGAGAACGGCGCAAAUGUCAACGCGGUGGACGAGGAGGGCGGCAGUGCCCUUAGGCAUGCCGCAGAAUGGUCGACACUCGACAUAUUGCCGCUAUUGCUGCGGCAGGGCGCGGACGCUGGAAUUGUUGACCGGGAUGGCCGCACAUUCGUCCAUUACUUGUGCUCGAGGACGGAAGGGGAGCAGUGUCUGGACGCCCUGGUCGAAUACCUACCUCCAGGCUUAUUGGAUCUUCCCGAUAACAAUGGAUACACACCCUUUCUCCGCGCCGUCUCAUGCGACCAGGUUCCCAUGGCAAAGAAGCUGCUGAUGCACAACGUAAAUGCAUUAGCGGUCACCCGCGAUGGGCAGAAUGCCUUGCAGCUUGCCGCCCGCUACGGCCCUCUCGGCCUGAUCGAACUGCUCCUGAAGACAGCCGUUAAAGUUAACAUGGCCAACGGAGAAGAUGGAACAGCUCUGACAACGGCAUGUCACCGGAGGUAUUGCCGUGCCCCUGUCCUAUCCUUGCUGCUCGAGGCCGGGGUCAAUCCCAACAUAUCGUCGCCAGAAGGCCGGCCCAUUCACAUCGUCUGUAACUGGACAUCGACCCAGGGCAGCUCGAGCUAUGACUAUUCGGAUCAGUUAGAAUCGAUCCGGCUGUUAGUGAAUCACGGCGCAGACGUGAAUUCCACCUCACGCACGGGACGCUCUCUCUAUCCCAACAUCGGACAAUUUGCUAUCACGCCCAUCGGGUCAGUUGCGGCUCAUGGUCCCAGAUCUAUCCACAACGAGGCCAUCAAGCUGCUGCUGGGGGCAGGCGCCGAUCCAAACGGACUGGACGACGAAGGCAGGCCGGCGCUUCUGGCUCUCUGCUCUCGCGGAGGGUCGAUCGAGAGUUCAAAGAGCGAUAUAGACCGUGACCGCGAUGCCAUCGAGCAGCUUCUCCAGCACGGGGCCAAGGUCACCGACAAGGACGCCCGAGGGAUGACCUGCUUCCACCACGCGGCCAAGGCGAACAACUUCAUAGCCCUCGCCAUCUGCCUCUCGCAUUCCCCGCCUCGAUCCCGCCCGCUCGACGAACCCGACGACCAAGGCCGCACGCCACUCCUCAUCGCGUGCGCCGACACCGCCUGGAUGACCCAAUCCGAGUACCAGACCUGGUCCUCGCACCAGCGCUCCGGCAACUACUCCUACGGGAAGUGGCACUGCUCUCUCGAAUCAGGCCUGACCCUCCGCGCCCUCCAGGCCGGCGACGCGGACCCCUACCACGACGACGCCCACCACGCCACGGCGCUGCACCUCGCCGCCAAGGCGGGCAACCCGCGCGUGACGGCCACCCUCCUCCUCUGGACGGGGUCCGCCCUCCUCUACGACUUCCCCGACCUGCGCGGCCGCCUGCCCUUCCACUACGCCGCCCGCUCCGUCGAGGUCACCCGCCUGCUGCUCGGCUACCACUUGCAGGGCACGGUCGCCCACGGGGGGUACUUUGACGUGGUCGAGUUCGGCGAGGACGCCUUCGCCACCUCGCUCUCGCGCGUCAUGGGGCAGGCGGUCGAGGCGAUCGGCGCGCGCCGCGCCGAGAGGCGGUACCGCGCCGAACACCCCGAUGCCACCGCCUUGGACGACGGCCCGGGGACGUUCCCCAAGCCGUGGCGCGCCGGGAUGGUCCACUCGCCGGACCACCUCGGGAACACGCCGCUGCACUACGCCGCGCUGGCGGGGUGUGAGGGGGUGGUGAGGCUGUACCUGGCGAUGGUUCCGGGGGUGGUGGACGACGUGUUGCGCGCGAAUGAGGAUGGGGAGACGGCGCUGGACUACGCGUACGCGGCGGGGGGUGAUGGGUGCGUGAGGGCGAUUUUGGAGAAGGUGCCCGGGUUGUGGCGUGGGCGGGGGAGGGGGGGUGACCGUGGUGGUGGUACUGCGAGUGACGCGAAGGAGGAGAAGCAGAUGACAGCGUGCCGGGAGGCGGCGAGGGAUUUUGUGGAGAGGUUGGGCAAGUCAUUUAUUCGGGCCGCCGCAGAUGAGGGUGUGUUCCCGGCCUGGCUGUGUGAUCUGGCGUCCAACAGAGCCAGAUUCCCGGACGCAGCUCGAGUUCUGCUCCGCUACCCGAUGACCGACUCGAUGACCGAGGCCCAGGAGCCCGCGCAAGAAAGCUACAUGGUACAUCCCGUUGUGCAUCGGUGGGCGGGGCAUGCACAAAGUGAUUGCGACAAGAGGGCUCUCUGGCGUCUGGCGAUGGUCAUGGUCGGAUGGCUGAUGUCCUCCCCGAAGGAGAGGGAGUAUUGGGACUGGCAGCGGUGGCUCUUCCCGCAUGCCGAGAGGUGUUUUUGGUGGAUGGGGAAGAUGGACAUUUUCGGCGGUGGUGGGCAGAGAUCGCACGAUGUGCAAUUGACCAUUUCAAUGCACAACCUGGGCGACAUGUACUGCUAUCGGGGCCGGGUUAACGAGAGCCGGCUUCUGUACGAGCGCGCGUUGCCAACCGCCCAGCAGGCCUACGGGCCGGAUAGCAUCCAGACGCUGGGCCUUCUCCAGAGGCUCGCCAACAUUCAUCGGGCAAAGGGCCAGUUUGCCGAAGCCGAAGACGUGUGCGUACACCGGUUCGACGAAGCCGAGCCCCUGCUUGGGCGCGCGUUGCAGUGCGCGGAGGGGACGCUAGGGCAAGGCGACAUCGAGACGCUCGAGCCUGACGGGUGCCUGGCUAUGUUUCUUCGGCGCAAGCGCCGGUUCGCUGAGGCGGAAUUCAUGCUUGAGCGCCAGUUGCGAGGCUACAAGGAUUUACACGGAAGUGAGCAGCCGUCAACCUUGGGCGUUAUUGCUGACCUGGCCGGGCUCUACGCCCAGAAAGGCGACCUUUCAAGAGCCGAGGCCAUGUACCAACGCGACAUUUCAGGAUCCGACGCCAUGUACCAGCGUGCGCUGCAAGGCUUUCGACACACGCUCGGUUCGUCCCACACAACGUAUCAAAAGGUCCUUCAAACAGCACAAUAUGUGAAAGCGGUUCGCGAAAGCCAGGCAGGCGCGAUGCCGUUUCUCGAUCAGAACCCAGGUCAGACAAUAUAA